GGGCUGCCUAGUUUGCUUUGUUUUGUAUUCAUAAGUGCGGAAAAUGUUAGGGUCAAUAUUGGUUUUGUUUACAAUUUAUGGCUUUAUUUUGCCCACUAAUUGCGUGAUGUUUCAUCUGUUGCCCAACACGCAAAAAUGCCUAAAAGAGGAUAUUCAGGCGAACCAACUUGUUAUGGGCGAAUAUGAAGUGUCCGACAUGCCGGGGCAAGUCAUCGACUAUAUUGCACGCGAUACAAAAGGGCACAUACUGUCACAGAAAGAACACAUUACCAAAGGAAAAUUUAGCUUUAUGUCUGAGGUGUAUGACACGUACGAAAUCUGCUUUAUUUCAAAGGUGCCACCACAUCAACGAGGGAUUGCACAGGAGGUGUCUCUGAUAACAAAAAAAGGUGUUGAGACCAAAAGUUACGAAGGAAUUGGAGAAGCCUCGAAACUCAAGCCUUUAGAGGUUGACCUAAAACGAUUGGAGGACCUAUCUGAUUCGAUUGUUAGAGAUUUUGCGUUGAUGCGCAAAAGAGAAGAAGAGAUGCGUGAUACAAAUGAAAAGACUAAUAGCCGUGUCCUCUUCUUCAGUAUUUUUAGUAUGUGCUGUUUGCUCGGCUUGGCUACGUGGCAGGUUUUGUACCUUCGCCGAUAUUUUAAAGCUAAAAAGCUCAUUGAAUAGUUAGAGAUGGAAGGAUGAUUGUUUUUGGGGUCGAUUUCAAACGUUUCUGGACUAUAAAGCUUAGUUUUUUAUUCGUUCUGCAGUGUUGAAAUUACCAUGCAAAUAAACCAUGUCCGCUUAUGUAUGUUAUUCGGCCAUUUUUCAAUUCGAGUAAA